GCCAUUGCAGAUGACUAAACCCUCUACGACUAUCUUUCUACGUUGGUGUUUGUGAAAUAUCAUAGAACCUGAUUUCAGUCGUGCUUCUGCAGGAGAACGCAAUUGGAGCAUGAACCCCAGUUGAAGGUUUCAAGUCUACCUGGAGCCAAAACCAAACAAAUCUGGAUCUACCAAAAGCAGCUUAUAUAUGCCGCAAUUAUUAAUUUGAACAUGUAAUAAUCUCCGAACGAAUCGCAAUAGGUUUUAAAUUGCCUCGUGAUGCUCUGUAUCAAAAUUUGUUCUUUCCUGAAAGCUUGCUAUUCGGCUUAAUCAUGUAUCGAGAGCGAGAAUCUGCUUGAUGAGGAGAAAGACUGCAGUUUUGCUGUUGUAAGAAACAAUCAAAGACGGUUGACAGCAAAUGGAUAAUGGAAUAUCAUCGAUAUUUUUAAUCAUUCAACCGCAUUCCACAGCUGUGCAGUUCAUUUCAUAUCAAUCAUGCUAAAUUAUUCUGCAGCCACCAUGUUCUCACCAAACAAAAUACGUUUCAUCUUCAUCGUUGUCAUUGUCAUGUGUAGCAUUUCAGAAUCAUUCUGGCUUCACACAGAGAAGUCUUUAACAGCGGUGCGAGGCGGAAACAUCUCCCUACCCUGUAAUUUCUCCGUUUCUGCACGUGCAGUCUACUGGUACAAACACGACUUCACUGGAGCACCAGACGAUGGAACAUCACUCGUAGCCCGAUAUUAUAGGGGCAUUACAGAACCUGUACCGGGCUUUGAGAGGUUCAGCAUCACCAAUGACUACAGUUUGAUCAUCAGAAAUGUAACUGUUCAAGACGAGACAACCUACUCAUGCCAAGUUGUUGGGAUCAAUACCAUUGAUGUUGAAACGGAAAGAGGCUAUACGGACUUGAGAGUUAUAGCCUUAGCAGAGCCCCUUGAACCAAUCAUCGAGAUCAUAGAGCCCUGUACUUUCACAGCGCAAGGGGGAUGCGUCUACCAUGUUAACAGGUCUACCAUUGGCAAGGACACGUCGGAGGAUGUAAUACUUGUUUCUAAACUUUCAAAUGUUCGACCUCUACCAAAUCUUACUUGGAUUCAAAGCGAUGGAAGAUUAAAUAAAAAUGCAACUUACCAGACGCAGGAGAAAGAUGGGCUGUUCAGCAUUUCAUCACAAAUUCAGGUAUCCAGGUCUCAUCUUGAUCACCACUAUACCUGUCAAGCUGAAGGGGAAGCCGUGAAUGGAACCUCAUCAGUGGUCAUUUCUUUUGAGGAUUCUGUUACACAUGUUUCUAAUGAUCGUGUGACCACUAUGGUUAUAAGCGUGAUAAUCGCGAUAAUUCUACUAGUGGUUAUCAUGGUUAUUGUAGUCCUGUCGGUAGGCCUGACCUUUUACCGAAGUCAUGGCAGGUGGCCCUGGUUAACAAGAGAUCCCGAAAGAAGCAAGACGAAUGGGUUAUUCAUGGCAGUCGAAAGUAAUGUUGAUGAUGAUGAACCUGACCAAUACAGGAGGGAGAGCAGUAGGUGGUGUUCGUGUGGUAACUGUCCUGUGAUGGAGACUGAUGUAGAAUGCCUUUGUUGUCGUGAACUCAAGAGAUGUCGGGAAAUCCAGACCAAUGGAUGUAUCAUUGAUUCUAACAGAUUUAAAUUCCUUUGUCUUGACAAACCAUCUCUGCGUGUGUUUCUCUCUUUAAGGAGCAAAGACCAUCAAAUUCCCGGAUAUAUGGAGAACAAAUCCUAUCGGUUUGCCGCUUUCAGGAUUUGGUCAGAUUACUUGCACGAUUACAUGGGUAAAGGAGUUCGAUGGCCUCUUCCAGCCUGCGUGGUGACACGAGUGCGGCAAGAGUUCCCCAAUAAGACAGGCGUCUACGCUGGCUUCAAAUUUGGGAAACAUGGGAAAGUUGGAAAGAAAUCCGUUUCCUUCGUCCCCAACAAUCCAACAAUGAUGAAUAUUGGAGAGACAACAUCAAUAUAGUAUGCAGAGACUAACACGGAUUGAAACUUUGUUCAACAUGUGGACCUACAGGAGAUGGGACUAGCACAAGUGCAUAUUGCUGUUGUAUUACUGCACUCCGUUAUGGCCAUUGGAAGAGGGUGUUCUUGCGUUUACUAGUCAGCACCAAUCAAUCUAUUGUUAUCGUUAUUGUUUUAAAGAAAAUGUUUUGUGUCUGAAAUUUCUCCUUUUCUAAAUUCCCUCUCAACCAACCAUAUUAAAAUACGUAUUAAAUGCGCACUCAUUUAAUUGAAGCGACGUGUCUUUUGCGGCUUUUCUUGAGGCACUUUUUUAAUUUUUAAGUGAAAUUGAAGGAUUUCAAGCAUACUUUUGGUGAUUUUCGUGAUGACGUUCAGUAAAAAAAUGUAAGUUUUCAAAAUUUCGGGAGGGGGAGGGGGUGCCCUCUCCCCCCGCAGCGUUCGGCCACGAUAAUCAAUAUUCUACAUAAUUACAAAUUACUGUAUUACAGUCAUGUAUGUAUAUAUGAGUAUGAGCGUGCAGCGAAUUAUUUUUAUAGGGUUCCAUGGCAUAUACUCUGGCGACAAUUGCUCCGGUGUAAAUUCGACAAACUAAUGGAAUGACCAAAUUCAACCCUUGAUUAAACAAUAUACCCUAGCCUAAAUCAAAGCCUAAUGAUAAUGAGGAUGAUGAUCAUAAUAAUAAUAAUAAAUACAUAUGAUUUAUAUGACGUCUUAUCGAAUCUGAUUAAAUGCUCAAGGCGCUUAGAAAAGGGCGAAAACAAAGUAAAGAUAUAAGUACAAAAAGAGGCACACUACAAAUGGGGAAAAAAUGUCUGUCUCCAAACCUCGAACCUGCUGGUGAACAAAUGAAAUAUUAGGUUUCCUUAAAGGAUGAUGCAGAGUUUGAGUUCUUCAGCUCCUGUGGUAGUGAAUUCCACAGGGCUGGUCAGGCUUGAUCGAGCAAAGGCUCGAUCGCCCCGGGAUUUUUCUUAGAUAGUGUAAUAUGUAAAAGAUUUGAUUGGGAUGAUUGCAGUGAGCGUACAUGAUGAUACUAAAAAACAAGAGACUUGAAAGCAUAACAUAAAACCCUGUUGCAAUCCUUACCCCAACCCGUUAUCUCAGACGAAAUUAAGCCCGGAACAAUUGUCGCCAGAGCAAAUAUCGUGUCACGGUAUUAACCGUUUAUAGAAUAUACAGGCUUAUGUGUCUUUAUUUAUUUAUUUAUGUAUUUAUUUCGUCUUUAUUCAACAGGGUAGCCCCAUCAGUAGUUGAAAUACUGUUAUACUAGGAAGCCCUGCAUAACAUAAAAUACAUAUACAUAAGAACAAAAUAACAUGAUAUUGGAUGCUACUUGUCAACGAGCAAUAAUAGAGAACAAAUAUUUACAACAUAAUUUAUGAUUACAAUAAAUGUUCACUUUGGUUAAGUUAUGGUCAACGAAAAUAUAAUAAAAAACAGUUCAUUUUAAGGCUACUAACAAAAUAAAGUGUAAGAAAACAAAAGACAUUUGGUAGGAGCCAAUCCGGUCUAAACUAGUCAUACAACGUAUUAUAUUAUAAUAAGCUGCUUUCAG